ACCUCUUCAAAACCUUCUUUCUUACAAAUGAAUUCAUCAAACCUAGAAAUCUUCAAUAACAUGUCAUCAUUUGAAGGCUUCAAUGUUAGCACAAAUAAUGGUCAUGGCACCAUAUCUUUAUCCAAUCAAGAAUUCUCCGAUCAUCAUCAUCAACACCAACAAACCCAACUCCCACUUUCUUACCAUGAUCAAAUCCUAAGAUCAAUUGGGCCUAACGGGCCGGUGUUGAACCCGAUGAUGGCCCAUUUCUUCCCCCCGGGCCUCGGAUGCGACAGCAACAUGGACAUGGGGAUGAAUUCAUCUCCUUCCAUUUCUGAUGCCGGGUUUCUUGCACUAGACAAGGAUAACAAAGCACAGAAUAAUGGGAAGAAGAGAAAGAGGAUGAACGAGAGAGAAACUCAGACACCUAAAGAAGUUGUUCAUGUUAGAGCAAAGAGAGGGCAAGCCACUGACAGCCACAGUUUGGCUGAAAGGUUGAGAAGAGAAAAAAUAAAUGAGAAAUUGAAAUGCCUGCAAGAUCUGGUUCCGGGGUGUUAUAAGACGAUGGGAAUGGCUGUGAUGUUGGAUGUGAUAAUUAACUAUGUAAGAUCAUUGCAAAACCAAAUUGAUUUUCUAUCCAUGAAGCUGUCUGCAGCAAGUCUAUUCUACGAUUUCAACUCAGCUGAAGCCGAAGCCAUGGAAGCUCUACAUGGAGGCACUUCUUAUGAAGGUGCAGAGGCGAUAGGAGAAGGUUAUGGAGGAAUGUCCCAAUUCCAUAAUGCACCUAAUUGGCCUCUUUGAAUUUCAGUUUUUUUAUUCUCUCUCCAUGCAACACCUUUUAUUUUCUGACAUAAUUGACAAUUAUACUAUAUAUGUAUAUGUGUUCCAUUCAAAAUCAAUCUAGCUCUCCACUUAAUAUUAGUAUCAUGUAAUUGUUGUUACAUUUUUAUUG